AUGCGGCCCCGGUUGCUCCUUGUUGCUGCCUUCCUGGCUCUCCUGGUCUUGCCCGAAACUACCAGGGCCGAGGAGGAAUCCCUUCUGGACAAAAUGCAGGGCUAUGUGAAGGAGGCCACCAAGACUGCCAAGGAUGCCCUGAGCAGCGUUCAGGAGUCCCAGGUGGCCCAGCAGGCCAGAGACUGGAUGACUGAGAGCUUCAGCUCCCUGAAAGACUACUGGAGCUCGUUCAAGGGCAAGUUCAGUGACUUCUGGGAAUCUGCCGCCAGUCCCACACAGUCUCCACCCUGA